AUGAGCGCGCUUUUAGAGACCUCCCUGGGCGAUAUCGUAAUUGACCUGUUGGUCGAUGAUGCACCCAAGGCGUGUGACAACUUCUUGAAGCUAUGCAAGCUCAAGUACUACAAUUUCUCGCCCAUCCACAGCGUCCAAAAGAAUUUUACCUUCCAGACCGGCGACCCGCUCGGCCCUGAUGCACCUGAAAGUGAUGGAGGAUCUUCAGUAUGGGGUCUGCUGGACGGACCGUCGAAACGAACAUUUCCACUCCAGGUGUCGCGCAAGUUGAAACACUUGGAACGCGGCACGGUGAGCAUGGCGACGGUACCGGCCAAGAACGACCCCGACCAACGGAUAGCCGCCAGUCAAUUCAUCAUUACACUUGGAGACAAUCUGGAUUAUUUAGAUGGCAAGGCUGUGAUUUUCGGCAAGGUCGUCGAGGGCUUUGAUGUCCUGGAGAAAAUCAAUGACUCUUUUAUUGACGACCGAGGUCGACCGCUGAAGGAUAUUCGCAUUCGUCACACCACUGUCCUUGACGAUCCCUUCGAUGACCCGCCAAAUCUGGUUGAACCACCUGAAAGCCCGCUGCCCUCCAAAGCCCAAUUGGCCACGGUCAGAAUCGCGGACGAUGAGGACUUGGAUGAUGAUAUGGAUGAAGAGGCUAUGGAUAAGCUCCGUCGCGAGCGUGAGGCUCGCGCCCAGGCGCUGACAUUGGAAAUGGUUGGAGAUCUGCCGUUCGCCGACGUCAAGCCACCAGAGAAUAUUCUUUUUGUCUGCAAGCUCAACCCGGUCACACAAGAUGAGGAUCUGAAUCUUAUUUUCAGCCGCUUUGGAACGAUCUUGUCUUGCGAGGUCAUUCGGGACAAGCGCACUGGCGACAGUCUACAAUAUGCUUUUAUUGAAUUCGAGGAACAGAAGGACUGUGAACAGGCCUAUUUCAAGAUGCAGGGUGUCUUGAUUGAUGACCACCGGAUCCAUGUGGAUUUCUCACAGAGUGUAUCCAAAUUAUCCGAAAGCUGGCGCAAUUCUACUGUCACCAAACGCCGACAGAGAGGUGGAUUUGGUGGUGUUGAAGAUCUCGAAGCGAAACGCCAGUACCGAGAGCUGGAUGACGCGCCUAUUGAUGAGAAUGAUUCUAGGCCCCGUCAGAUCGUACUCGAGUUCGAGAUCGAGGAAGUCGAAGUCCUCGUCGAGAUAGAGAUCGAAACCGUCGAUACAGUCGGAGUCGGAGUCCACGACGAGAUUCACGAAAAGAAGGCCGGUACCGACGAUAAUGCUGUCUCCAAUGUUCUUGGAAAAUUCCAGGGCACCACUCCAGAGGUUCCCCGUGAACCAUCAGUGGAGGAGUUUCAAACACUACAAAAGAAAUACACAGACGCUGGACAAGGUCAUGUCUUUGCCUUUGUCGACGAAUUGACCACCGUCGAGAAGUCACAGCUCUUCCACCAGUUGUCCAACUUUGACCCCACUCGGAUCAAUGAGCUGGCCGACAAGGCCCUCAACCCUCCUCCGGUCUCAGAGGGAACCGCGACCCUCGAGCCCCUCCCCGAAGUCGCCACAGCCUCCAUUCUCGACUCCGACCCCUCAGAUAUUCAGAAAUGGUAUGAAGCCGGCCUGAAGGAGGUGGCGGCGAACAAGGUGGCCGUGGUCUUGAUGGCUGGUGGACAGGGUACCCGGCUCGGCAGUUCUGCCCCCAAGGGCUGCUUUGACAUUGGUCUGUUGAGCGAGAAAUCGCUCUUCCAGCUGCAGGCUCAGCGUAUUGCCAAGCUGCAGUCCCUCAUCGGUGGUAAGGACGUCGUCAUACCCUGGUACGUCAUGACCAGUGGGCCUACACGCAAACCCACCGAGGAGUUCUUUGAGAAGAACAACUACUUUGGUCUUGACAAGAACAAUAUUAUGGUCUUCGAGCAGGGUGUUCUGCCUUGUAUCUCCAAUGAUGGCAAGAUCCUGCUCGAGAGCAAGGGCAAGGUCGCCGUGGCUCCUGAUGGAAACGGUGGCAUCUACCAGGGACUUGUGGUCUCCGGUGUGCGCGAGGACAUGCGCCGCCGUGGUAUCGAGCACAUCCACCUCUACGGAGUGGACAACUGCCUGGUCAAGGUAGCUGACCCGGUAUUCAUUGGCUUUGCGGCCUCUAAGAACGUCGAUAUCGCGACCAAGGUGGUGCGCAAGCGCAAUGCCACCGAGUCCGUAGGCCUGAUCCUGUUGAAGAACGGCAAGCCCGACGUGGUCGAGUACUCUGAGAUUGACAAGGAAACUGCCGAGGCCAAGGACCCCAAGCAGCCCGACGUCCUCAAGUACCGUGCUGCCAACAUUGUCAACCACUACUACUCCUUCCGGUUCCUCGAGUCGAUCGAGAACUGGGCUCACCAGCUGCCCCACCACGUGGCGCGCAAGAAGAUCGCCUGUGUCGAUACUGAGACUGGUAACAUUGUCAAGCCUGAGAAGCCCAACGGCAUCAAGCUGGAGCAGUUCGUCUUCGACGUGUUCCCCAUGACACCGCUGGAGAAGUUUGCUACCCUUGAGGUGCACCGUCACGACGAGUUCUCGCCUUUGAAGAACGCCCGCGGCACUGGUGAGGACGACCCUGAUACCAGCCGUGCGGAUAUCAUGGCCCAAGGUCAGCGAUGGGUUGAGGCUGCUGGUGGUAUUGUUAUUACCGAUGGCGAGGCCGUUGGUGUUGAAGUUUCUCCUCUGAUCAGCUAUGGCGGUGAAAACCUGGAAUUCCUCAAGGGACGGGAAAUUAAGGCACCGGCUAUCCUGGAGCGGGAAGAGUAG